AUGAUGAAAAAUAGAAAUGCACGACAAUGUAAAGAGAGAUACACCAAGUACCUCUCACCUGAUAUCAAUCGAAAUCCUUGGACUCCAGAAGAAGAUGAAUUAUUAAAAGAAAAAUUAUGUCAACUUGGUCCUAAAUGGGUCAAAAUCUCGAAGCUCUUUGAUAGGAGAACCGAUGCCGCAUUAAAGAAUAGAUGGUGUAUAUUAAAAAAAUCAUUAAUAAUAUCAAAUGAUUCAUCAAGUUCUGAAUCCGAGAAGGAAGCACCCAAACCAAUCGAAAAGGAUGAUAAGAAUGAUAUAUUGCCAUCUAUUGAAUCAUGGUUUAAUGAUUUCGAAAAUUUGGAUAUUCCAAUCGAGAUAUUCGAGCAGGCUUAA